GAAUGGCAAGAGAUAGAGAUCCAUUGGUAGUUGGGAGGGUAGUAGGGGAUGUUCUGGAUCCCUUCACAAGGUCUCUCUCUCUAAGGGUGACGUACAACAACACCAGAGAGGUCAACAAUGGCUGUGAACUCAAACCCUCACAGGUUCUCAACCAACCUAGGGUUGAUAUUGGGGGAGAUGAUCUCAGGACCUUCUACACUUUGAUUAUGGUAGACCCCGAUGCUCCCAGCCCAAGCGACCCUAACCUUAGAGAAUACUUGCAUUGGAUGGUGGCUGAUAUUCCUGCAAGUACAGGGGCAGGUUUCGGACAAGAGAUUGUCUGCUACGAGAGCCCGCGACCGACGGUGGGAAUUCAUCGGUUUGUUUUCAUAUUGUUUCGUCAAUUGGGGAGGCAAACUGUCUACGCACCAGGGUGGCGUCAGAAUUUCAAUACCAGAGACUUCGCCGAACUUUAUAAUCUUGGAUUGCCGGUGGCCGCUGUUUAUUUCAACUGUCAAAGGGAGAGUGGAUCCGGUGGAAGAAGGCGUUGAUUAUUUUCCAUUAUACAUACAUAUAGACACAUUCUGUAACUGCGCAUGGUAUUGUUAGCUACCAUAUAUCUCAUCAUCUAAUAUCAAUGGAAUAAAG